AAAAUGCUGCUAGUUGAUUAUUCAAAUAUACAAAUAAUGCAACAAUCUUCCACAAUAUCUGUGUAACUAUCACAAUUAUUUUCCAUUGAACCACUUGAAUUCUAAAUAAAAAUCUCCAAUAUUGUGUUUGAAUCUGAUUGGAAAAGAUGGGAUUAACAUUCACGAAGCUGUUUAGUAGAUUAUUUGCCAAGAAGGAAAUGAGAAUUUUGAUGGUUGGUCUCGACGCUGCUGGUAAGACAACUAUUUUGUAUAAACUCAAGCUUGGAGAAGUUGUCACUACCAUCCCAACCAUUGGAUUUAACGUUGAAACCGUGGAGUACAAGAACAUCAGCUUUACUGUGUGGGAUGUUGGGGGUCAGGAUAAGAUCCGUCCAUUGUGGAGGCACUAUUUCCAAAACACCCAGGGUCUUAUUUUUGUGGUUGAUAGUAAUGAUAGAGACCGAGUGGUUGAAGCAAGGGAUGAGUUGCACAGGAUGUUGAAUGAGGAUGAACUUAGAGAUGCUGUUUUGCUUGUUUUUGCCAACAAACAAGAUCUUCCCAAUGCAAUGAGUGCCGCAGAUAUAACUGAUAAAUUUGCUCUUCAUUCACUCCGCCAACGCCACUGGUAUAUUCAGAGUACUUGUGCAACUUCUGGAGAAGGUCUUUACGAGGGUUUGGAAUGGCUUUCAAACAACAUCGCAAGCAAGUGAAUAUUAUAAUAGAGGGUUUGUAUGAUUGCUUAAAUGAGCUAAUACUUUUGGCUACAAUUGGAACUCUUGCAAUCAUUUUGGUGUGCCUUCAUGUUUUUUUUACUAGUUUGUUAUCAGUUGAAUAUUUAUGUGGAUUCUAUUCUUGGAGUUUUAGCAGUAAUAAUUUUGUUCAGUGACUGGUGAAGUACAAAUUUAUUUGCUGCAAUCAA